CGAAAGAGAAAGAUAAAACAGCUGAGAGAGUUAGCCGCAGAGACAAAUAAAAAUACAAAAUUAAUUUAACAAUUUUAAGACGAUUCUGCUUUAGGCGUGCCAUGUCCUCCUUUUCCCAAGUGAGGAAUCCCAUAACAGGACAAGCCACCUGGCAGGAAAAUGCAGAUGACUAUGAUUAUCAUCAGGAGGUGGCCAAUGCGGGAUUCGGCGACAUGCUGCACGAUUGGGAACGGAAUCAAAAGUAUUAUGCGGCCAUCAAGAAGACGAUAAAGAGAAUGCAAGCAGAUGGACGUGAAGUUCAUGUCCUAGACAUUGGCACGGGCACCGGAAUCCUGUCGAUGAUGGCUUUAAAAGCGGGAGCCGACUCAGUGACAGCCUGCGAAGCUUUCCUGCCCAUGGCCAAUUGUGCUGCCAAAAUUAUGACAGCGAAUGGUGCGGAUAAAAUCCAGUUGAUUAGAAAACGUUCCACAGAGAUUCAAAUCGGUGUGGAUAUGGCCAGGAGAGCUAACCUUCUCGUCGCCGAAUUAUUAGACACUGAACUGAUAGGUGAAGGAGCCAUUGGCAUCUACAAUCAUGCUCAUCAGGAGUUACUCACCAAGGAUGCCCUAUGCAUUCCAGCGCGUGCCCGUUGCUAUGCCCAAGUGGCCACCUCCUCGUUGGCCAAGCAAUGGAACGGUUUCAAACUGAUGGCCAACCUUGAUGGUGAGACAUUGCUAAGAGUGCCACCACAGUUGAACGAAUGCAAGGGCGAUGCGGCUCUACAUGAUCUUCAGUUAUCCCAAUUGCCAACCGAAUCUUUUCGUUUAUUCAGCAAACCUGUGGAAAUAUUUGAAUUUGAUUUCCAACAGCACUUGGAACCCAUCCAGAAGCAAAGAAAUAAGGUUGUACCACUUCAAGCCAGUCAGCCGGGCUCAGCGGAUAUGGUCUUCUAUUGGUGGGACAUUGAUUUGGACCAUGAAAGUGAAAUAGUCCUUAGCUGCGCCCCCUUUUGGGCUCACCCGGACAAGGAUAAACAUGUUGCAGGCGAGGACAAACCUUUGGCAAAUGCCAUUCCAUGGCGGGACCAUUGGAUGCAGGCCAUUUAUUAUAUACCCAAACCCCUCCACCUAAGCAAUACAAAAGAAACUUUCUACCUGAGCUGCCAUCAUGAUGAAUACUCCCUUUGGUUCGAUGCCCAAUUGAAGGAACCUGCCGAAUCCAUUGAAAGGCAUCAUUGCACCUGUGACCUGCAUCUCAUCAAUCCUCGCAGUCGUAUAGGUCAACUGAAUCAAUCGCCGCGUAAUAAACGUUACCUCAACUACCUGGAAGAGACGACCACAAAGGAUUCCCAGUUUUUGGUCCUGGGCAACUCUUGUUUCUUGGGACUGGCCACAUGUGGCCUGGGAGCAGCCUCUGUUGAAAUAUAUGAUUCAAAUUCGCUUUCUCGUCGACUGUUGGACUCGUUUAUCAAAUUCAAUAAGCUGGAAAAUGUGAGUCUACUGGAGAAACUUGAAGACGUCCAGGAUCAUAGCAAAUUAACUCACAUCUUUGCGGAACCUUAUUUCAUAAAUUCCAUUUUACCCUGGGAUAACUUUUACUUUGGCACUUUGUUAUUGAGUUUAAAGGAUAAACUGAGUGAAGGGACUCAAAUUUCACCUUGUGCUGCGAGAAUCUUUGCCUUACCCAUGGAAUUUUUGGAUCUACACAAGAUUAGGGCUCCAGUGGGCAAUUGUGAAGGUUUCGAUUUGAGUUUGUUUGAUGAAAUGGUUAAGGACUCUGCCGACAAAGCAGUCUCUUCCGUAGAGGCUCAACCCCUCUGGGAAUAUCCUGGACGUGCCUUGGCUCAACCACAGGAAAUACUGCGUGUUGACUUUGCCAACUUCAAUCAGGAACUGCAUCAACAAGGCAGCAUUGAGCUGAUCAGGAGCAAAGAAUGUAAUGGAAUAGCCCUUUGGGUUGACUGGCAAUUGUAUUCCUCGGAGUCUCCCAAGGCCUUUGUAACCUCGGGACCCAGUCAACCCAUUGAAAUUGGCAAAUUUGUCAAAUGGGACAUGUUUGUGCGGCAGGGAGUGCACUUUCCACAGACCAGGACAACCAACGCGACCCAAGUCGAAUGGCAAAUAGAUUUUAAGCCCUUUCUGGGUGAACUUAAUUUUAAAUUUGAUUUAAAAUCAAUUUAAAGAGACAAAAUUAUUUUAUUUUUGGAUUUUUUACGCACAUAAAUUUUGGAACCACAA